AUGGACUCACACCCAGCUCAUUUGAGAAAUUAAAAAAAAAAGAUCACUUUGAUAUUCUAAUCAAGUUAAAAUCUAAAUUAAUUGUAUUCAUGAAUUGCAAGUUAAUAGAUCACAGAAAUUAGUUUAGACAAGUCAAUCAGAAAUAAAUGUACAACCAGGUCCUAGACUAAAUCCAAAUAAAAUUCAAAGCAAAUCUGGAGAUACUGGAGAUUUACUUGAAAGUGGAAAUUUAUUACUAAGUAAUGAAAGUCUUGGCUAAGGUUUAUUUCCUUAACAAUUUACUUAAAGUGGUUCUCUUCUAAAUUAAUAUUGUCCUCAUGUUACGCUAACUCAAGAGGUAGAAAAUUGUUUGUUUGAAUAAAUAAAGAUAGCUUCUACUUGUAAAUUUUAGAAUAUUUGCAAAAUGAAUUGCAAAAUGAAAUUUAAUCCAGCAUAUACUAAUGUUUAAUAAAUAUUGUUAUAUUAACUUCAUGAAAAUUAGAUUGUUGAAUUAAAAAACAUAUUAUAAAAAAAUAGAGGAAAGAAGAUUUAGGUUUGUGAAGGGUAAGGAUGUGAAUUCUAUUUUAUUUUGAAUGACAAAUUACCAUAAGGAAAUUAUUACUGUCCUCUUUGUUUAGAAAGUUUUGAGUUAAAAAUAUGA